AUGCCUCGUUACAAUCUUCGUUCACGUCCCCAUUUUUCUCCUUCCUUUCCGACGGCCCUGGCCAACCCUUCCAGGAGAGUUUGCUCUCUUGGUUCGGCGCGGCGGAUUCCCCCUGUUUCUCCCAUCUCUCUUGUUCGACUUUCUUCUUCUCCGACGGCCCUGACUAAACCUUCGAAGACCGUUCGCUGGCUUCCGAAGGAGCAGUGGAUCCCCCCUCUGUCUCCCAUUCCGAUUCGAUCCAUUCUCAAGAUUCGACCAGACGAUGUGCCCUUUUUGCCACCGUGUCGAUCUUCGGACAAGACACUCCUUUCGGCCAAACCACGCAAGACGCUCUCCUGGAGACGCUCUCUUGUCGACGUGAAGUAUAUCGAAAAUCGGACCUCCAGGAUUAUCAGAACCUAUCGCACAGUUCUAUCGAUGAACCAAUCUCGACCAGCCGCCACUCCUUUCGGUUUCUCGAACACACUGACCAACAGACCUCCUUCUGUCAUCACUCGUUCAGCUCUUACAGGCACACAUGCCUCUCGCAACAUGCAUGGAGAACUCACCGUCUCGUCUGACCACAAAUCGUCUUUGAACUUUCCAAGCGAUCAAUUCUUCAGAUCAGUCCCUGGUAACCUCCAGCCUGAGGUCACACUCGUUUCUCACCGUCCUACACCCGCCAUCGCCAUUCCACCAGUACGCCAAGAGGCCUCUCUCAUGUCUUGGGCUUGUUCCUCCAUCGCUGGAUGGUUCAACGUCUUCCGCACUGGGGUGAUGAACAUGUCUGGACUCUGA